CUCUCCGUGGUGGCUUAUUAACCCAACUGCACGAGCACUCAGCCGCGGUUACGAGGACGGUUACAUCUAAUACGACAUUGAUGCCGACGACAAAACAGAUGGAGGGAGGUGGCGGCGCCAAGUCCUUUGAGGGAUGGUGUGAGGCCUUCGCAGCUAGUUAAAACCACGGGUUGCUCAGCUGUCAGGGGGAUUGCGACAUCUUGUUCAAGCCGUCUGCCGAGCCAUUACAGACCUCUCUCCCUCAGCGUCCCAACGGUUCAACAAUCAAAUUCUUAUUCACCCCAAACUGGCAGGUCGACGCAUCUGAUAGUAAGGAGAGAAAAAGACAGAUUUCCCUCAUUAAUUCUUUUCUUCUCCCUCCAAAAAACGCACCACCAUAUCAGACCACUCGAUCGUCCUCCUCUCAUCCUCGCCCGCCAUAUCGACCCAUAUCGUCCUGUCAAGGGCUAUCUACCUACCCAGCUCGCCUUCUUGCCUAUCUACCUACUACGUGCGCCUGCAUCCAACAUGACGACCGAAUCUGCCGUGAGGACCUUCUUCUCCUCUCCUCAAUUCGCCGUGGUCGGCGCCAGCACGAACCCCGCCAAGUUCGGACACAAAGUCUUCACAUGGUACCAUGCGCACUCGCUGCCGGUGACGGGGAUUAACCCGACGGCGGCGGUGAUCGAGACUCCGUACGGGUCGCACGAGACGAUCAAGGCGCUGGCGGACCUGCCAGACCCGACGCACACCUCGCUGUCGGUCAUUACGCCGGCGCCCGUCACGCUUGACGUGCUGCGCGAGGCGCGCCGCCUCGGCAUCCCCGCCGUCUGGCUCCAGCCCGGCACCUGGGACGACUCCGUGAUCCGCUACGCGCGCAACGACAACCAGCCCUCCUCCGAGCCUGGCUACUCCGGUGCCGUCGUCGCCGGCGACGGUGGUGACGGCCACAGCGGCUGGUGCGUCCUCGUCGACGGCGAGAAGGGCCUGCGCGCCGUCGGCAAGCUAUGAGCUGCCGACUCGCUAGCGCAGGGGCCUGCGCGCGCGCGCCGCGCACGCAUAUGCACUUUACGGGUUUCGCACUGAGGGGAGUCGCCUGAUACAUAGAUGCUUAGAUUCGUUGCUACUUAGAAAGAUGCGGAUUGCGUGGGCUUUUACCGAUGUAGGGACCAGUACAGGAGAGCCUGCGCUCGCCGUCACUGCAGCCAGCACCGCACAUCGUCGCUCCUUGCUCGCCUCGCUACAUCAUAUAGCCCAAUAAAGCAGAUCUGCUCUCAAAUUCCAGUGUGGAAACUACCGCCAAAAGAAAACCCCGUCAGUGCUCAUGAUUUAAUGCUGCGU